CUCUCGCGAGAUUUCGUGGCAGACCACUCGCUGCUGGGCUCUCUCCUCGUCCUCGAUCCGCGCCGCUGCGUCUCCUUCGUCGCCGCCCCCGUCGCCCUCCACGCGCCGUCGCCGCGCGGAACCUCCUCGCCGUCUCCUUCCCCGACGCCGUCGCUGCCGGUUGCGGCUCGUGGCUGACGACUCCCAACACCCCACGGUGAGCGAACGAGUGGCAUCCGUGUGGAGCCAUGAACAAGAGCUAUUACGACAUCUUGGGCGUGGUGCGCGGCGCCAGCCCCGAUGAGAUCAAGAAAGCCUACCGCAAGCUCGCGCUGAAAUGGCACCCGGACAAGAACCCGGAGAACAAGGAGAAUGCCGAGAAGCAGUUCAAGGAGAUCGCGGAGGCGUACGAGGUCCUCUCUGACGAGAACAAGAGGGAGACGUACGACCGCUACGGCAAGGCAGGGCUCACGGCGCGACUCGGGGGCGGUGGGUCAGCCAGCCCCAACAUGGGCGGGUUCCACUUCACGUUCCGCAACCCGGAUGAUGUCUUCCGAGAGUUCUUCGGUGGCCGCGAUCCCUUCGCCGAAUUCUACGGUGAGCGGCGCGCCCCGGCGCAGUGUGGCCAAAGUGUCGGCCGUGGCAGUCGCCCCGGCCUGGCACGGCACUCCACACGGCGGUUAGAUGGCCAUCGCCAUCAUGCGCUGGCCAGCAGGGACGUGGGCGCCCGCUGGGACAAGACUUACACGACGCUUCCGCAGCUUGCGGGGACAGGAGCGCAGCCGCAGCCACGGAUCUUCUCCUUCCCCUCGUUCGGAGCCUUCCACCACCUCCUCCACAUCCUUCGACUCCGGUGA